AUGGCAGACAACGCAGCCAGGCGCAAUGCCUAUGCAACCCUCAUCACCCGCGACUCGUACCUCCCCGGCGUCAUCAUCCUCGCCUACACCCUCCAGCGCAACGCCUCAAUCUACCCUCUCGUCGUGCUCUACACGCCCAAUCUCCCCAAAGAUGCGAAGCGCGUUCUUGAGCUUGAGGCGCCAAAAUGUAACAUGAUUUUGCGCGAGUGCGAGCAUCUUCUCCCACCCGAAGGCGUGAAGAUGACUCUUAUCGCUGAGCGGUUUGCGGACACAUGGACGAAGCUUCGUGUUUUCGAGCUGUUUGAGUAUGAUGCUGUCUGUUACCUUGACGCGGACAUGGCGGUGCUGGAUAACAUGGAUGUUGUGUUCAGGGUUGAAACGCAUUUGCCUGAUGAUUGGAUCGCAGCGAAUCACGUUUGUGUCUGUAAUCUUGAUUCGGACUCUUGGGCGCCUGAGGAUUGGAGGGCCGAGAAUUGUGCUUACACGCCGCUUCAGCAUCCCACAGCGCUUGAGGAGCCUCUGCAACCCACUGAGACGUCACCCUCACCUCACAAGCUUCUCAAUGGUGGAAUGUUCAUCUUUCAUCCUUCUGAGGGGCUCUGGGAUAGGAUGCUGCACGUGUUCAACACGACGCCGCUGCUUUCGUCGUUCAUGUUUCCAGAUCAGGACUUUCUGGCAUUCUUCUUUGAGAAUAAGUGGUAUGCACUUGGAUGGCAGUAUAACGCUAUCAAGACAAUGCGAUAUUGGCAUCCUAACAUUUGGCGUGACGAGGAAGUUAUCUGCCUGCACUAUAUCGUCGACAAGCCUUGGGCGAAGCGUGUUGGGUUAGAUGGAGUCGCUGGGUAUAAGGGCCUUGAUGGGGUUACCCAUUGCUGGUGGUGGCAGCUGUACCAGUACUGGGAGGAUGAGAGGACUUCUGAUGGACGUGGUGGAAAUGAGGCGAUUGCUCUUCUGAAGAAGCUCAUUGCACCGGCGGACACGAUGGAGGGAGGAUUCGGGUAUCUGCAGGUGGGAUUACCUGUGAGGGCAUGA